AAACUCGACUUGGUCGCUAACAACUCUGCUGAAUGUGAUUGUUAGGACCCCAGGGCAAUUAUCAAAGUCACAGACCUAGCCACACCCGCAGAGAUGGAUGUGACGCUGUCUAUAGAUGACCAGGAGAUAUGGGAGCAGAGAAGGCAGAGACUAGAAGCGUUAAUCGGGGCCAACCCGAGCCAGCAACAGCACGAUCCUGCACAACCCGCCCAGAUUAUGGAUCCUCUGCUAUACACGGCCGUGAAGGAAGGGGACGUCGACAAGUUCAUCAAGGCCCUGGAGGAUCAUUGCGCCAGAGCAGGAGUGUCGUUGCCCGUGGUUCUCAGGCAACUCAGCCCAUCCUGGAAUACAUUUCUUCACGCUGCGGCAGAGAGUGAUGAUAUUCUCAGAGUGGUCAUUGAUUUCGUCCCUGACCACUUGAUCUCCUGGGCGAACUCCAGUGGAGAGACGCCACUGCACAUUGCAGCUAGAGCCGGGAAAACCGGUGUGGUGGAGCUUCUCCUUACCCGGGCGAAUCCGAGAGUCCUUAGCAGCAGUGGCAACUCCCCUCUGCAUGAGGCCGUGAGGAAUCGCCAUUACGAGGUGAUCCAUCGGCUGGUAAGUCAAGACCCCAAUCCGCUGUUUCAUCAGAAUAAAGAAAGCAAGUCUCCAUGGUGCGUAGCAGUCGAAACAGGGGACUUGGAGGUUCUUAAGCUCUUGCUGGAAGUCUUCCUGGAAAUCUUGCCGGAUCCGCCAGUCCCGUUCGAAACAGUGACUCUAAGUGCUUUCGGCAUGUCGCCUGCUCAUGUCGCUGUUAUGUACCGGAAAAUGGAUAUGCUGACAGAGAUGUGGAACAAGAUGCCGGUGCUACUUAUAUGGAAAGAUGAGGGACAUGGCACUCCACUCCAUUUCGCAGUGUACACGAACUAUCUCGACGGAGUCAAGUUCUUGAUCGAGAAGUUCCCAUUGAGCGCCCUGGAGCAAGACAAGGAGGGCUAUCUACCUAUCCAUGUCGCUUGCAUGAUGGAUCACGUGAGGAUUGUUGAGGAGCUACUUCAGCAAUGGCCAGACCCUGCAGAGUUUCGAGCCAAGCGAGGAGAAAACAUUCUUCACGUGUCAGCAAGGUACGGAUGCAUUUCAACCGUCAAAUACAUAAUGAAAAGUCCUGAAUUCGGUCACCUCCUAAAUGUGAGAGAUUUCGACUUGAAUACGCCUCUGCAUCUGGCUGCGUUGCAUUGUCAACCUUUGGUCUUGCUUCUUCUUGCACGAGAUGGAAGAGUCGAUCUUAAGCUGGUAAAUGAGAGAAACAUGACUGCUCUAGACGUGGUAGAGGAGAACAUGAAAGAAAAGGAUGCUCCACUUCGGAAGAGGUUAAUGCGGAUAAUUUUGGCGUCUGCUGGAACACCGAGAAGCGGAGAAUUAGCUAUCUGUAAGGGAACCGAUUGGAGCCUAGGGAAAGAAAUGAAACCACCGGAAUUGGAUAGACUCAAGGAGGAGGCAAAUACUCGCAUGGUUGUGGCGGCACUCAUGGCCGCUAUGACUUUCGCAUCUGGUUUUUCCGUUCCCGGAGGAUACAAUGGUUCUAACCCAAAUGCUGGAAUCGCUGUAUUGCUCCACAAAGCCAUGUACAAUGUCUUUGUGAUUUCCAAUUCCAUCACCAUGUAUAGCUCGAUCAUCGCACUCGUGAUCCUUCUGUGGACACAGAUUAAUGAUCCUCACGCGGUGCGAAAUGCCCUUUCGAAAUCAAGACUCCCAUUGUUGGUAGCUCUUGCCGCGAUGCCUCUGGCAUUCAUGGCGGGCGUCUACGUUAGCAUAACCAAACUCUCUUGGCUUGCAAUUGUUGUCUUGGUCUUGGGUUCCGUUGCCCUCUUCAUUAUCUUGAGCUUCUACCUUUUGUUGUAUAUCCCGCUUGGGUGCAACCAUCCUCUUGUGCGUCGCUUCACCGACUUAAUUAUCGUUGUGGGCAUUUCAAUGUCGGGGAGAGUGACUGCAGGCAGUGGGACAGCUGGACGAGCAACUACAUCUACCGGUGCCAAUCGUGACGCUGGUGACUACCGCAUGUACGAGUACAUGAACAUCACAACGAAUAUCAUAAGGGAUAUCCCUGUUUCCCACUAA